GUCGUGGACGACGGGGACGACGUCGAGGAGCUGGCCGACGUCCCCGCCCCGGGCCCGCGGGCCCGCCUUGCGGCGGCUGCAGGCGCCGACCAGCUUCCAGUGGAGGAUGGGGAGCUGGUCUCGCCGGCGGUGCAGUGCCAGUCCGUGUGGCUGUGCCAACGGUACUCGCGCUGCGGCAGGUUCGCACGCGUGAGGCUGCUCUGGAGCGACGACAGCUACGGGGACUGUUGGUCGCAGUGUGCGGGCGAGCGCGGCGCGAUCUCGCUCAGGCUCCUCUUGCACAUCAGCGAGGGCCCCGUGCCGCUGUGCGAGGCCGAGCUGCCGCCGAACUGCACGGAGCUGGUUCACACCUCGGAAGUGGCGCGGCUGACGGUCGAGGCAGCGGCGGAGCUCUGGCUGCAGCAUCGGGCGCCCGCCGCGGGCGCCCACCCGUUCGAGGACCUCUUCGGCGAGCUGGACGAGGAGACCUCCGCGCCAAGUGGGGUGGCCACCCUGCGCUCGCGGCUGAUGGAGUCGAAGGACCGCUUCGCAGCGCUGCGGGACCGCGACAAGGGUGCCACUUCCCCCGCCGAGGGCGCGGCGCAGGCUGCACCUGCGGUCGAGGCUGGGCCCAAGGUCAAGCGGCCGCUGGCGGAGGUGCUCUCGGAGCGCGCCGCGACGGUUGCUCGCGGGGGGCCGAAGCUGCUGGCAGCGCCUCCCCCGUCCGACGGAGGCUCGCGCGGGGCGCGCGAUCGGGGGCCGACCGAAGACGCGGCGGCCACGGCGGGCGCCUCCCGCGCGGCGCAGGACAUUGCGAGCGCCCUCGCGCGGCUGCUGGACGGGCGCCAGGGCAGCAGCGAGGAGAUGGGCCUGGAGGGAGUCGCGGGCGCGGACGGAUCUCUGAUCCCGCGCGGGUUGAUGUCCAGGCGGGCUCACUGCCGCAGGGUGGCCAUCGAGCUGCCUGCUCGCCUCGCCGCGGCGAGCUUAGCCCGGAUGGCGGACUUCCUCGGCGCACAGGAGGGGGAGAGCGCCGUCGACCCGCAGGGCGCGAUCGUGCUGCGGCGCUCGACCUCUUGGUGCAGGGGCGCGGCUGCGGUGGCGGACCUGCUCGCGCAGCGGUUCAAGGCGCUCCAGGUCGCGCUCCACGACGGGAACUGGUCGGGGGCGAAGCGGCUGGAGAUCGCCCCGCCGCGCGACGAGCCCACCGCGCUGCGGGGCAAGGAGGAGGAGCUGAUCAGGGGCAUCCAGGCGGGCGAGCUCAAGUUGGACGAGCCGACCGCCAAGCUGCGCAAGCCGCGGGCUAAGGCUGCCCCGCCGCCGCGGCCUCCAGCGGCGCUGGGAGACGAGCUGGCCGAGGCGAAGGGUUCGGGGGGCCCUCGCGCCGCGCUGGCGGGAAAGGGGGGCUACGCGGGCGCGUGGGCCGACGCGCGCGCUGCGACCCCGAAGAAGAAGGGCGAGUCGACCAGGGGGUACCGGGCUCGCCUUGCGAGCGUCGUGGCCGAGCUGAAGAAGAAGGGUGCAACGGCGCCAACCGCCGCCAGCGGGGGACAGCAUCAUGGCGCGGGGGCGGGCGGCGCGCUGCCGCCGCUGGAGCUGGGCGCUGACCUGGCCGAGACGGUCGCGCCGCGGGCCAACGCCGCCGGGGCUGAGGCGGCGCUGCUGGAGUCGCUGCCGCUGAGCGAGGUGUCGGAGAGCAUGGCGGCGCGGCGCAGGAGGUCGCCCGCCGAGUUUGGUCGGCUCACGCGGCGGGUCGACCUGACAGUCAAGCUCGCGAGGUUCGCGCAGCUGCAUCCUGGCACCCUGGGUCGCCUCGCAGGGCAGGCGCUCCCAUUCGAGAGGCUGCGGUGCCGCCUCGCACCCGUGGCAUGGGCGGUCGCAGCUGAUGCGUGGACCUGCAUGAGUGUGCUGGGCUCCAACCACAUGUACUGCGGGGUCGCCUGGGAGUCGCCCCGACUCGGAGCGACGCCGACGCUGGCGCAGGUGGCGCGUUGGGUGGCCGACCCCGCGCUGGCGCUCAAGGCGGAGGCGGACUUCCCCGACCCCCUCCCGAAGGCGCGGGUCAACGUCGGCUCGGAGUUCGAGUGGGAGGCCCUGACGAUGCAGGUGGACCUCGGGAUCUUCACCGUGCUCCCCGCCGAGGAGCUGGUCCGCGUCCGCGGGGGAGGCGGCCAUGCUGGAUCCACGAGCUGGGCGUCGCUGCGCAUCCCCGAGGGGAAGCUGUUCCUUUGGUCGGGCGACGACCAGAAGGGGGCCUUCUUCGCGUGGCGCGCGCCCCGUGCAUGGCACCGCCACACGGCGGCGGGGCGGCCACUGGCGGGCUCGCUCUUCGGACGGCAGGAGCCUGAGGUGCACCUCGCGUCGGCGGUGAUCGCGAUGGGCUGGUCUCUGGCGGCCGCAGUGUACCGGCACAUCCACAGGCGGCUGCGCCGCUUGCCACCGCCGCCGGGCGCGGGGCUGCCCCCGCAGGCGGAGCGGCGCAAGGAUGCGCCGCGGCCCGUCGCCGCCGCUGCAGAGGAAGGAGACUCAGCGCGGUGGCAGAUCUACACCGACGACUUCGACGCGCCCGAGAUCGUGGAGGAGGUGCGCGCCAGACGCCGAAUAUGCUCGCUGGCGGAGAUGCAGGUCAGAGCGCGAGCCAGCUAUGACAGGGCUGGCGUCGCCUACUCGGCGGAGAAAGCUCACUGCAGGCAGCUUCGGGUCGAGCGCAUGGGGGUCGACGUCGACGGCGAGCCCGGCCGCCUGGCCGCGCCCUUGGCCAAGUCGCUCGAGGCGAUCGCGCUGUGCCUGGCCUCCUUCAGGCUCGAGGCCGUGCCGUGGCGGCUCACGAUGACGAUAUUCGGGCGCUUCGCUCGGCUCUUCGAGUUCCGAAGGCCCCUCCUCAGCGUGCUCAACGAGGUCUGGAGGUUGAGCUCGCAGCGCGGCAACGCGAGGUUCUCGGCGGCGAUGGUCGGGGAGCUGCUGACCGCCAUGCUGGUGAUGACGAUGGCCGCGACCUCGCUGCGAGCCAAGAUCGAGGGCAUGGCCGCGGUCUCGGACGCGUCUGAGUUCGGCGGGGGCGCGCGCGCGCCGAUGGGCCUCCGAGCCGAGGUGGAGGCCAGCCUCGGCAGCGCUCCGACGCUGGACGAGCAGAUGCACUUGGGGGCUCGCCUGCUGCAGCUGCCCGCCGAGCCCACGGAGCCCUGGACGGCGCGCAGGGUGGUGCGCUUGCGCUGGCCAGGCGCGAACGACUGGGGCGACGCGACGCGCGUGACGGCCACUGUCGUGAACGAGUUGCGGGGCGCCUAUUGCGACGAGGUCGACCUCUCCGCGGCGGCCGCGGGCAGCCCCUGCCAGGACCUGGCCAGGCUGAACGCGUCGGGCGCGGGCUUGCGCGGCGCGAAGCCUGGCUUGUUCUACGAGGCCCCCCUCUUUCUGGAGCUCCUCAAGGCGGCGCUCGGUCACAUGCUGAAGUGGUUCGUCGAGAACGUCGCGAGCACGACGGCGGACAACUGGGCUGAGAUCAGCAGAGCCCGGGCCUUCCUCGCGUGCUCGUCCGUCCUCGUGCCCUGCCAACGUCCAAGCCUGCGCUGGAUGAGCUGGGGGCCGCACGUCGCUGCCCCGCUCGCCGUGGUCGCGAGGGGCGGGUUCCGCGAGGUUCGCGCGCCGAGGGGGCCCCUCUGCGAGUUGGCCUGGCAGGACGAGGGAGCCCGCUGGCUGGGUGCUCCAGGCCUGUUCCCAACGCUAGCAUGCUGCAGGCCGCUGCCGAAAUUGCCCUCGGCCCCGAGGGGGCCAUGGCAGGCCUCGGCGGCGGCGCGCGCUCGGUGGGAGGCGGACUCGUUCGGAUAUCACGCUGCCUUGCACGAGAGAAACUUGCUGCUGGACGGCGCUGCGGGCUCCGCGGCGCCGCUGGAGGCGAAGGCGCUGAGCAGGCCACUGGAGGUGCAGGAGCUGGCACACUUUGACUGGCACCGACCGUCGCGAGACGCCAUCGGACGGCACGAGAGCGAGCCGGGGGGCCCAGACACCUUGGCCUUGCGACGGUCGGUGCUGCACUACCUGGCCCGAGCGGAGAAGGGCGGGACCGACGUGCGCCCGGACUGCGGCCUCCCCUACAGGCCGCGCGGGCGGCCGCGGUCAAGCCUCGAAGGGAUCGCGCGGCGGCGGCGCGCGGCGUUGAGCAUGGCGCGGCCCGCAGCCAAGAGCGCCCACGUAAACGUCCGAGAGCUGCAGGCGGCGGCGGCGGCGCUGCGGUGGCGCGCCCGCAAGGCGAGUCGGCAUGGCAGCAGGUGGCCCCACCUCUUCGACAGCCGGGUCGGCGCGGCGAUCGUGACGAAGGGCAGGAGCAGCAGCCGCCGCCUCCAGCCCGCGCUGGCCAGGUGGGCCGCGGUCGCGGCGGCCGCCGACAUGCACCCAGUCGUUGGCUACGUCGUGUCAGAGGACAACCCCGCCGACGAACCAUCGAGGAGGCCGGGCGCCCUGCGGGCCCAGUCGUUGUUCCUGCUCCGCGUGGACGCCGCGACGAGGCAUCGGCACUCUGCCGCGGUCGACCGCCUGCUGGAGCACUACGGCGUCGCAGGGGGCGGCGUCGAGGCGCUGGGCCAGGAGGGCGAGGGCGCCGACGCGCUCGUCUCAGAGUACCUGGAGGUCCUCUGGGCCUCGGGCGCGGGCAUCGCGGCGGCGAACAACGCGGUGGCGGGCGCGCGCUUCUUCAGCCCGCAUCGCCGGGGCCAUGGCUGCCUAGCGCUGGAGGCAGGCUGCGUCGACGUCGCGUGCCUCCUGACGGUUGCUUUCGAGGGCCUGCUGCGCGGCGGCGAAGCCUUCGCGCUGUGCAGAGGCGACGUGGCCUUCCGCGGCCAGUGCGCCGUCCUCCGCAUCGCCUCGUCCAAGGCCUCAGCGGGGCGCGACGCUGCGGAGGCGGUCGUCAUCAGGGCGCCGAUCGCCCUCCAGCUGCUGCGGCUCGUCACGGACGGCCUGGACGAGGGGGACAGGCUCAGCGCUCGGUCGCCACGCCAGUUGCGGGCGGCCCUCGCAGCGCUGCAG